UCUCUAUUGACAGACAAGAGAGAAGAGGAAGAUCACUGGAGGAGAAGAGAAAGACAGAAGGCUGUUAGAAAGCUAAGAUAGAGGAAGAAAAAGAGAGAUAUGAUGGAUCCGUUACCUAUGGAUUCAGGAACAGUGGACGAGCUGGUGGACUUCUGCAUACAAUCCUUUGACAGUGAAGGCACAAUAAAAGAUGCAUCCUUUGUGAAAAUGUUUCUGAUGAUGCAUCCUUGGUACAUAUCCUCCACUGAUCUGUCCAAGAAACUGCUGCUAAAGUCACAGGAAAGCAGCACUGAUGAGAUCAGAGCCCAAAUAUGCCACCUCGUAAAGUUCUGGAUUUCCGAAUAUCCGGUAGAGUUUGAUCUGAAUCCUGCUUUGGCUGACCAGAUUAAAGACCUGAGAGAGAACUUGAACACUGGCGGCAAUGAAACACAGAGUCAACUUAUUGAUGUAGAGAGUUUUCAGGAUUACCACAGCUUUGUGAUGCACGGCUGUACGGUAGAUAACCCCAUCCUGGAGAGGUUUAUUACGCUCUUUAACAGCGUCUCGCAGUGGAUUCAGCUGAUGGUUCUGAGUAAACCCACCGCACCGCAGAGAGCUGCUGUGAUCGCACACUUCAUACGGGUCGCACAGAAACUACUGCAGCUGCAGAAUUUCAACACGCUGAUGGCGGUGGUCGGGGGUCUCAAUAACAGCUCCAUCUCUAGGCUGAAGGAGACACAGGCACACAUCAGCAACGAAACUAAUAAGAUAUUUAACAGCUUGUUGGACCUGCUGACGUCUUGUGGAAACUACAGUCAGUACCGGCGCCGAUUCGCUGAGUGCACCGGUUUCCGAUUCCCAAUCCUGGCUGUUAACCUCAAGGACUUGAUAGCUGUUCAUGUCGCUCUUGCGGACUGGACAGACCCACAGAAGACCCGCGUCAACUUGACUAAAACUCAGCAACUCUAUGCCAUCCUGCAGGAAUUGGCUCUCGUGCAGAGCAAUCCUCCUAACAUCGAGGCCAACACAGACUUACUCAAUCUACUUACAGUUUCACUGGAUCAGUACCACACAGAAGAGGAGAUUUAUCAGCUCUCAUUACAGAGGGAACCCAGAGCUGCAAAACCAGCGAACUCAACCCCUUCCUCCAGUCCAGCUCCUAAACAACUCUCAAUGAUUGACGAGUGGGCAGCGUCAGUCAAGCCUAAAGCUGAUCCUGCUAUCAUCAGCAAACAUAUCGAGAAGAUGGUGGAUUCUGUGUUCAAGAAUUUCGACACAAACGGCGACGGGUUCAUCUCACGCGAAGAGUUCGAGUGUAUCAGGAAUAACUUCCCUUAUCUCAGCAAGUUUGGAGAACUUGAUAAAAAUCAGGAUGGAAAGAUCAGCCGGGAGGAGAUGAUAGAUUACUUUAUGAAGGCCAGCUCUUUGCUCAACUGUAAGAUGGGCUUCAUACACACCUUUAUUGAGACCACAUACGUGAAACCCACCUUCUGUGAACACUGCACCGGCUUUAUAUGGGGAUUUUAUAAACAAGGAUACAAAUGCAAAGUCUGUGGUGUGAACUGUCAUAAAGCAUGUCAUGGACGCCUGACGGUCGAAUGCCGUAAAAGAACGAAGAGUAUCAGUCAUGAGACACCACCGUCACUGCAGUCCAGAUCCUACAGCUUUCCUCUGCCCAGCAAUGCCCCGUCAAACCUGCAGAACACAGUCAUCACAGAAGAGGAUGUUGAGGCAGCUGAGCAGGGUGUAUUUGACUGUCACCUCUAAACUGAUUUUUGUCUGACUUCACAAAUGGUCAGCAUGUCAACAAGGAGUCCUAUAUUGGAUCAAAUUUCUGAAGUUGAAGUCAAAUUUCGUUGAAGGAAAAAAGAUCUAGUUAGAAUGGAGUGGUGGGAUGGACUGUGUUCGCUCACUAUUAUCCUGAUUCACACGGUGAGACAUGGACACGCUGCUAUCUGCUGGACUGUAGCUGCAACUGCUGAACAGAUCAUCCACCUGUUCCCUGAGAAGUCUGAAUGUAAUCUCACACAUAUCUCAAAAUCUCAAGCGUAUUUUUAGGAUUUAUCAUUAUUGUGUAUAUUCUUUCCAGGUUGCUUGAAAUACCUUGUGAUUUUACUUUUUUAAAUAAAAAAUGAAAGAGAAGGAGGAAUUUUCAGUGACUGUGUUCUGAGGUACAGACAUUUUUCAAGUACUUUUGCAGUAGUAAUACGAUUUUUUAUUAUUUUUUUGUGAAUGCAACUAAAUUAGAGCUUAAUGUCACCAAAUCAGUUGUGGUUGAAUUUCAGUGUAAACUCACGGUGGCAUAGACAGGUGUGUGUUUGCGUCUGAAAUAUUAUGCAAUCAACUGCAAUGUUCUUUAAACCUUUGCAUUUAUUGAAUCAAA